UCUCUGUACAGAGCAGGCUAAAGGAGGCAACUGAAGACAAGAGUGCCAUUGCCUAGCCGGGCGUUUAUCUCGACACCUCGCUGGAUUUGUGGUGUUAUGUACAGUGAUUGUAUCUGAAUCGUCUGGUUGUAAGCUUGUGCGUUCGGGAGUUAGCGUUUACCAGUUACACUAUUAAAAUAAAUUCCUCAUUAAGUUUGGUAUUUUGUUCAGUCUGAAGAAUCGGAGCCCAACGAAAGACAACUGCAAUUGUCAUUCGCUAUUUAUGUUUGUUUUGUUUGAUAGAACCGAAACAAAAACUCCCAAAAGGGAUGCUUUAAAACUUAGGUUUAUUGUUUUCCUACUUAAAGGGAAGUUUAUCUGAAACAAGCUGAGAAUCAGCAGACACACUUGGGUUUCGGAGAUGCACUGGUGUAGCGGAAUGGAUUGAAGUCGCGUCUUUGGAUUUCUUUGCGCGUGCGAGUGUUACAUUCUUUCAGAGGAAGAUUUUAUUCCGAAUCUAAAAGGAUAACGAAGGUAACCAUGGAGGAAGAAGGGCAACAGGACAACGGCGUUCAAAACUCCAAGGAUUCCGAUCGCCAGCUCCGUUUGAGACUCUGCGUUUUAAACGAAAUCUUGAACACCGAGAGGGAUUACGUACGGACACUGCUUUUCCUACAGUCGGCCUUCCUGCACAGGAUCCAGCAGACCGCCGACGACCAGCAGUGCCUCUCCCCCGAAAACGUGAAGAUCCUGUUCUCCAACAUCGAGGACAUCCUCCAUGUUCACCAAGAGGUGCUGGCAGCCCUGGAGUCCAGCCUGCAGCCCGAGCCUCAGCCCCAGCAUGCCCUGGGCCAUGUCUUCCUCCAGUUUAAAAGCAGAUUCUCCGUGUACGGGGAGUACUGCAGCAACCACGAAAAGGCGCUCAGACUACUGAUGGAGCUCAACAAGAACCCCAACGUCAGGACCUUCCUGUUGCACUGUAUGCUUCUGGGAGGUAAGAAGACGUCAGAUAUUCCAUUGGAGGGGUACCUGCUGGCGCCCAUUCAGAGAAUCUGCAAAUAUCCCCUCCUGCUGAAGGAGCUACUGAAGAGGACGCCGAAGAAGCACGCGGACUACCCGGCGGUGGAGGAGGCCCUGCAGGCCAUGAAGGCGGUCUGCUCCAACAUCAACGAGACCAAGAGGCAGAUGGAGAAGCUGGAGGCGCUGGAGCAGCUCCAGUCGCACAUCGAGGGCUGGGAGGGAACCAACCUCACAGACAUUUGUACAGAGCUGCUCCUCCAUGGUAAUUUGCUGAAGAUCUCAGCUGGGAACAUUCAGGAGAGAGUCUUCUUCCUGUUUGACAACCUGCUGGUGUACUGCAAGCGCAAAACCAGGGUUUCGGGGAAAAAGUCCACCAAGAGGACCAAGUCGAUCAACGGGCCACAGUACGUGUUCAGAGGCCGAAUUAACACAGAGGUGAUGGAGGUGGAGAACGUGGAGGACGGAACAGCUGAUUACCACAGCAAUAACUACACGGUGACCAACGGCUGGAAAAUCCACAACACGGCCAAGAACAAGUGGUUCGUGUGCAUGGCGAGGAACGCCGACGACAAGCAGAAGUGGCUGGACGCCAUCCUGAAGGAGAGGGAGCAGAGAGAGAGCCUGAAGCUGGGCAUGGAGCGGGACGCCUACGUGAUGAUCGCGGAGAAAGGGGAGAAGCUCUACCACAUGAUGAUGAGCAAGAGCCGUCACAUGAUCAAGGACCGACGCAGGAAGCUCAGCAUCGUGCCCAAGUGCUUCCUGGGAAAGGAGUUUGUGUCCUGGUUGAUUGAGAGUGGUGAGAUCAGUAAGCCAGACGAGGGAGUGAACCUGGGCCAGGCCCUGCUGGAAAACGGCAUCAUCCAUCAUGUGUCCGACAAGCACCAGUUCAAGAACGAGCAGGUGCUGUACCGGUUCAGGUAUGACGACGGAACUUACAAGGCGCGUAGUGAGAUGGAGGACAUCAUGUCUAAGGGUGUCAGGCUGUACUGUCGCCUCCACAGCCUCUUCACUCCCGUUAUCAAAGACAGAGACUACCAUCUGAAAACAUUCAAGUCCGUGUUUCCAGCCAGCAAACUGGUGGACUGGUUAAUUUCUCAGGGCGACUGUUCCACCCGUGAGGAUGCCGUGACGCUGGGCGUGGAACUGUGCAACAGCGGCUUCAUGCACCACGUGCUGGAGAAGAGCGAAUUCCGAGACGAGUCGCAGUUCUUCCGCUUCUACGCGGACGAGGAGACGGAGGGCACCGGCUCGAAGAACAAGCAGCUGCGGAACGACUUCAAGCUCAUCGAGAACAUCGUGGCCAAGUCCCUGCUGAUCCACCCGCAGGAGGAAGACUACGGCUUCGAGGUCGAGGAGAAGAACAAGGCCAUUGUGGUGAAGAGCGUCCGGCGGGGUUCCCACGCAGAGAUGGCUGGCUUGCAGACGGGAAGGAAAAUCUACAGCAUUAAUGAGGACCUGGUGUUUCUCCGGCCGUUCUCUGAGGUGGAGACCAUGAUUGGCCAGUCCUUCUCCGUCCGCCGGUCCCUGAGGCUGCUGGUGGCGACCAAGGCCAAGGAGAUUGUGAGGAUACCAGACUGUCCGGACUCUCUUCCCUUCAGAAUCCAUGGCUCCGCCCCUCCCUACGUGUACGCUGUGAGAAAAGGGUCCAACGCUGUGUCCGCUGGUCUCCAGCCCGGACAUUGCGUUCUCAAAGUCAACGGCAACAGCGUCAACGCCGACGGCUACCUCGAGGUCCUGGACCACUUCUCAGCUCACCACAGCGGUCAGCAGCCUCAGGAGCAGGGACCCUCCCAGUGGGUGUACAGGACCUUCGAGGACGCAGAAGAGGAGAGAGCCCCGAAGCCCGGCGUCUCGGAGACGGGCUCGGAAACCGAGGAGGAAGUCGACAUCGCAAACGGAAGAGAUCCAGUGAACGGACUGCGGCAGUUAACCAUCUCGGACAGCGAUGGCCCCCUGGUCAGCCUGACGGUGGAUAACGUGCACCUGGAGCACGGCGUGGUGUACGAGUACGUCAACAUGGCGGGGGUGAAGAGCAACGUGCUGGAGAAAAUGGUGGAGCCCAAGGGAUGCUUUAGCCUCACAGCCAAGAUCUUGGAGGCGUUCGCGGCGGACGACAGCCAUUUUGUGAGGAACUGCAGUCAGCUGAUCUCCCAGAGCGACCGCGUGGUCUCCAUGCCGCAGUACGAGUUCCGGAACAUCUGCGACACCAAGCUGGAGAGCAUCCACAGACGCAUCUCCAGCUACCAGAAGUUCGCUCAGGAGCUGAGGGGUAAAGCCUGGCCCACCCUUAAGCAGGCCGCGGGUACGGCCCACCCCCUGGGCUGCAUGGACUUCGUCCCCACCAACUGCCACGUCAACCUGAUGCAGGUGUCCUGCCCCAAGAGCACCACCUCGGCCGGCCGCACCUUCAGCAUCCGCUUCGGCCGCAAGAGCUCCUUCUUCGGCCUGGACCCCGACCAAGUAAACCUGAACCCCAUGUGCCACACGCAACACUGCAUAACCAGCAUGGCCGCCCCGUCCUGGACCUGCAAGGCCCUGGGGGACGAGGACGAGGACGGAGACGAGACGGCAGAAGGGGGAGGAGUCCCGCCGGACGGAAGGACGGGACCGAAUGGAGGGGGCGGGCUCAGCUUCCUGCUGAAGCAGGAAGACACGGAGGCCCAGGACGCCUACAUCCACCUCUUCAACCGCAUGGACGUCGCCGUGCGAGAGAUGAAGCAAUACGUAGCCCAGAUAAACGUUCUUCUGUCCUCCAUCACGGAGCCCACCCAGCCCGACGGCUGCGACCUCCCCGCCCCCGAGGAAGCCCCGCCCAUCGCGCUGGUGCCCGAGGAGGCGGACCUGGACAAGGUGGAGUCCUGCGGGAUCAAGAGGGUCUGCUUCAAGGUGACCGAGGACGACCAGGAGGACUCGGGACACGACACCAUGAGCUACAGGGACUCCUACAGCGAGUGCAACAGCAACCGGGAUUCGGUCCUGUCCUACACCAGCGUGCGGAGCAACAGCUCCUACCUGGGCAGCGACGAGAUGGGUUCAGGAGAUGAGCUGCCCUGCGACAUGAGGAUCUCAUUCGACAAACAGGACAAGCUGCACGGCUGCCUGGAGCACCUCUUUAACCAGGUUGAUUCCAUUAACAGUUUGCUCAAAGGCCCCGUCAUGACAAAAGCCAGCGAGGAAACCAGGCACUUUCCAAUGGACUGCAGUCAACCAGAACUUCGGAACACGGACGACUGGACGGCGCGCUGUCGCUACGUGAUCAACAAGAACAUCCAGGAGGACCCCUGGAACCUGCCCAUUUCCAUCGACACCCUGGUGGAGAACCUGCAGAGAUUUGUGGAAGAUGGGAAGAACCAGCUUCUGCUUGCUUUGUUGAAGUGCACAGAUACGCAUCUGCAGCUGAGACGGGACGUGAUCUUCUGCCAGAGCGCGGUGGGGGCGCUCAGCACCCUGUCCGAGCAGCUGCUGGCCGCCCUCAACCUCCGCUACAACAACAACGGCGAGUACGAGGAGGACAGCAAGGAGGUCAGCAGGAAGUGGCUGGAGCAGAUCGCCGCCAUCGGAGUCCUCUUCAACUUCCACUCCGCGCUGUCGCCGCACGUGAAAGAGGAGAGGACGAUGCUGGAGGACACCAAGGCGGCGCUGCUGGACCUGGACAAAGUGACCGUUUGCUUCCGCCCGCUGGAGGACGAGUGCCUGGUGGCGAACACGUCGGUGUGCUACCAGGUGGAGGGCAGCAGGCAGGGCCUGCGCGUGACGCUGCUCCUGGACAGCUGUCACUUCUCCGAGCUGCCCUCCCGGCUGCAGAACGGCGGGAGCCUCAAGCUGCACACCGUGCUUUUCACCAGAGGGCUGGAGAGGCCAGAGGGCGUGUCCCCACAGGACUGCGUCUCCAUGGACGAGUUUCAGCAGCGCACCAACGCCGUCUCCCUGGAGAAGGUCAAGGCCUAUUACAGGAGGCUCAGGGCUUUCUACCUGGAGAAAUCCAAUUUACCGUCAGACUCCAACACCACGGCCGUGAAGAUCGACCAGCUCUUGCGGCCGCUCAACGCCCUGGACGACCUGUGCCGGCUCAUGCAGUCCUACGUCAACGUGAAACCGGGCGUGUCGGGCGGCGCGGGCAGCCACCCGUCGGGCGUGAGCGUCCUGCCCGUCUCCGCCGAGCUCUGCAACCGGCUGGGCGCCUGCCACAUCGCCAUGUGCGCCACCGGCAUGCAGAGGUGCACUCUGGGCGUGUCCCUGGAGCAGGCGGCCAUAUUGGCCAGGAACCAUGGACUCCCGCCUCGGUGCACCAUGCAGGCCAUGGACCUCAUGCGCAAACAGGGCACCAGGGUUGAAAUCUCUGCCAAAAACCUCAAAGUAAUGGAUCAGAUGCCCUUGUGCGCACCAAGACUGUUCAAGCUAUGCUUGCCACCCACCGACGGAGAUCUGUGAGGAGGGGCGUUUUAAGGACGUACUGUGUUUUAGUUCACUUCCACGGUCGGGUUCGGAUAUGAGGGGUGAGAGAGGGUUUCGGUAGCGGAAGAACGGAAGGGAUGCAACGCUCUCUCUCAAUAAACCGGCCUUUCACGAAAUAGGGAUGCGUCGACGCCGCCUCGCGUCUCGACGCGUUCCGAUCACCCGGGGGACUCAUCGAGAGACAUUCCGGAUUGUUCUGGGAAAUGCCUCCCCACCCCCUACCCCAGCGCUUGCUUUGGACUUUGACUUUUCGGGCCGGAAACCCCCUUCUGUGAAAACGCGGAGGGGGCGUCACCAUCGCUGGCUAUGCGGGCUCAGUUGGAGCAUGCUCAGUGGAUUCAAGGACCACCUGGAGCGAGCAGAGCACAUUUACAGUUUACGCUUGCCCUGUAGCUGACUGUAAAAAAAAAAUAUAUAUAUAUAUAUAUGAUCAGUGUUAUUAAUUUGCCUUGGACUGCAAAUAUCACAUGUCACGGUCACUUUUACAUCGUAUUAAGUCUCAUUAAGUGUUUUUCUGUUGUGUUGGACACGUGGUAGCUGAGAUGGGCGUGGCUGGGCGCAAGAGGCGGGGCUAAAUCCCAGGAGUCCUCCCUCUAGUCCCGGUCCAGGUCGUACAGGAGCGUCGCGCGACAGCUUCGGGUUUGCCGGGGCACCACUGUACCGAAGGGAGAGCACGUCAGCGCUGAUAACUUUUAAAAUCUUUUUUAUUGUCUACAUCAAAAUAUACGGGAUGGCUAAUUAUAUCCCUCAGUUAAUAUCAGGUAUUUUUAAAAACUGAAAAACUAGAAGCAUUCCAGGGCCGAAUAUCACAUAGCCUAUAAAAUAGCCUAUUUAAAGGACCAGCAGAAUUUUGCCUCCGCAUUUAUUUUUAAACAUUUUCCGUUGUUCCGGUUUCAUUAACCAGUGUUAAUGGAGGCAGAGGAUGUGGAAUUGUUCUCUAACUGUUGAUCAUGUAUGUUAGCUAACUAGUGUUAUUGCUUCUGCCAGUCUGCAGGUUGUACACAAUUAAGUAGCCUAGUGGAAUGCUCAUUGGAGCACGUAGCAUUCUGAAAUCUCGCAUAGCACGUUGCUGUUUUAAAGAUAAUAUAAUACGGUGGUUUUUCUUAACCAUAUGAAGGUGUAAAAAGUUCUAAAAUGGCAGCAAGGAAGAAUAAUGUCUGUUAUUGUCGGCAUAUAGGCCUACUGUAAAUUACAGGAAAUAUAUGAGCAAAGGGAUAACCGAGGUACAGAAUAAUGUUUUAAGAAUUAUGUUGUAAUUUUCUUAUUUUCUUGUACAUAUUUACAUAACAAUAUUUUAUUUUCGCGAGGACCAACAUAUAUUAGGUAUAGCUGUUUGAAGCAGAGAGAUGCUUAUAAUAAAUGAAAACCAUUGAGAGCACAAAACAUGACAUGUAAAACAUUUUAAUACUUCGUAAUGAUGCUGUACGAUCUGAUCAGAGGCGUCUGACGAGUCAACCACGCGCGAACCGCGUUUCGGUCCGUGUCGUUUCCAGACGCUGACCUCGCGAUCUCGGGGCCGACGGACGUAGUUCUCCGCAUGCUGCCUCGUCAAACAAGCUUAAAAUUCUGUUAUUUAUUGGAGGGGGAAACAGUGUUGCCAGUAUUGUUUAAACCGGGUGGAAAUUCUGCCUUUACCUCACUGCCUCUAUACAGACACCACCCACUGUUAUUACUGGGUUUCUGACAUUAAUGAUCAUUAGGGAAAGUAUUGGGAUCUUGCUAUGGCAGGAUACUAGUGGCUCGUGACCACUGUUGACUCGACAUUUUCCUGAUAGGUCUUAUAGAUUAUUGGUGUUGGAGUUCUACUAGAUCACUGAGGCUGUUGUUAACCUGACGUUGAAUUACUUGACUGACUAAUGGGAAAAUGGAAGUUUGCUACAUCUUUCCAUGUGGACCCUCAAUGUAAACCGGGACUCAAUUAAACUCUGUUCAGCUAAUUUCAUGUCAUUGGUUUUUUAGAGUCCUACUGUGCCCAAGGUGCAUUUUAACUGCAGUACACUUCUGGUUGUAAUAGAAUUAUGAGGCUUGGAUAAACUGCUUUUUCUUUCAUUUUAGAGGUGGAGAGGGAAGGUAAACCGAACUGGUCCGUCUUCAUAUCGAGACGGUAUUUCCAACACGAAUAUUAGUGCUGCCAUUUCUGUGACUUAAAAAAAAGGCUUUACAUUUGAGUGUUAUAAUCCAAUAAACUGCUGAAGAAUUUCUGUAAUCCAUAGGCUAAUUCUGUAGUCCUUCUCAGGUCAGGCCAAUAUAAGAAAAUGCUGGUUACUUUUUACCCUUGAAAUAUUUCAUUUUUACAUAUAUUAAUGCAGUUAAAUGUUUUUCCAGAAAUAUAUAUAUAUGCAGUGAAUAUUUUCCAAAUAUUCACUGAAAUUGAAUUACUUUUUUCAUGAACUGUGUGAAAGGGUUCUAUGCAAGUGCUCUUAAUCUUCACUUCACACAAAUUUUUAUUUUAUUAUCUAAUGUUUUAAUUAUUUAUCAAAAUAGUGUUCCUUACAAAGAGCGUAACAGUUCUGGUGUAACAGUGCUGAACAGUCUUUUCUGCAUCUUGGGGGUCAUUGAGUUUGUGUUCAUGUUUUUUCCUAGGACUCAUUUUCACAUAUAUCAGACACAUUUUCAGAUGUGUUUGUCUCUGAAAAUAUGCUGGUUUGAUCUUAUGUGAAAACUGUAUUCUUCUGUAAGCUGCUGAUUAGUAAAAUGGCAGCAGCCUUCAUGUCCAAGUGCAAUAGAGUCACAGCUCUUUGGCACAGGCACAGAUCGGGAGAACUUGAUUUUUAAAAAAGUAUUUCUGAAGGUACCGCGAUUAAGGUCGAAUUGGACCGUUUUUAAAAGUUGUCAUGCAAGUCAAAUGUGUUUACCGCAGGUCCCGAUUCUGACCGCUCUGCACAUUGUGCUUGUCACUGAACAGCAGCUUUAUUUUCACGUGCAGUGCAUUGCACUUUGGUGGCCAGUGAAACAACUUUUAAGUGUUUAUGAAGAAGCAAAUCGUCGCGCUCGCCCACGGUCCAAGGACAAAUCGUCUGUGGCAUUUCUUUUCUCGUUGACGUUUGUGCCCCCAUUAUACGAAACAUUGGCGCAGUUCAUUUUGUUUUUGACAGCCAUAUUUUUUCCUUGCUCUGCCCGGUAUGUUCCACUGCAGAACAAGCUGUGCAUAAACUUGGAGGAGACUUGCAGGGCAAGGCUGUCAGGGGAACUCAUGGGAUAUUAAUAAGAAAAGUUAGUUCCUUCCAGCAGUUUCUGGGAAUUGUGAAUUUGCGGAACUGCUGUUCGAUGAAGGCAGUCUUAUAACUUUAUUCUUUAUUUUAGUUUUUUGACAAAAGAAUUAGUCAAUUGAAUUGUGAAUUUGUUCUUGAGAAGUAAAGACCUAUGGACAAUCAAACAUUUUAGAACUUUGUGCUGAGGAGUGAAGAUACAGGGUGCUUCUUCCCUUUGUGUUUCAAGGGGGAAUCUUUUUAAAGGUGCACACGCGGAAGGUCUUGGGGUGCAUUCAAACUGCCUAUUUAGGUGCCUCCUUGCUUCCUUCCCUUGCCUCAUUUCCUAGUAUGGAAGAAAAAUAUGUGAAAUUUACAUCUGAAAUCAUGAGUUGGCCAUGUGGGUGCAUUCCAAUCACUUAUUGUAUUCGUCCUUCGUCUCCAAGGUCCUUGACUGACCUGGAAAUUCAUUGAGGUGUGCCAUCAUAAGGACAUUCCAACCCGCUAAGAGCCAGGAUGCUCCUGAAGAAUUAUUGAGCAAGGAAACACGAGUGCAUCCUUUGCGGAAGUAUUUUUUCGGAAUGUGUGACAUAGCUAUCGACCUGUGGAUCCACCUCUCCCCAUCUGCCACAUCUGUAAUUGACGUGGCUUCAGUCCAAUGCUUGAAGGAUUAAGGAUGUUCCAAUUGCCUUAUAAACGUCCGUCCCUGUGUCCUUUCCUUGCUUCCUUUCCUUGCGUCCCUCGAUGAGUGGAGCUAGGAGCAAGGAAAGGAAGCAAGGAAAUAAAAUAGGCGAAUGGAAUGAGUCCACGUUGACAACGCGUGAUUCCAAACAUCAAUUUCACAUAUUUUUUUACUUGUUUUGCCUUUCAUACUAGGAAAGGAGACAAGGAAAGGAAGCAAGGAGGUACCUAAACAAGCGGUUGGAAUGCACCCAUAGGCUGUAUUUGCUCAUUUCCUUUGUCACAGAUUGUUGUUCUUUUUUUUCUUAAUGGCACUUAUUUAAAAGGGGGAUUUCACCAAAAAAAUCUAUAUUUCAUGAUAAAUUGAUUUUGUCCGCUGACCGUUUUGUUUAAAAAAUCUUUGUUGCAACAUACAAAUCUUUGAGACAUCUGUCUCUGGUCCUGGAAAAUUCUGCCUGAGUGCACAGCUGAGUCUAAUUUAAAAAAACUUCUGACCAUUAAGGGGGGGUCAAUAAAAUAGAGUGAGAGAUAGAAUGGCCCUCUUAGGUCUCGCUGUGUGGCCGGGGGUUCGAUCCCAUGCCGUUCUAUUUCUAUAUCUAGAGGUCCCUUCUCUGUCUGUUACCAUCUCUGCUUUCUACCUGCCGGAAUAAAGCAAAAAAAAAAAAAAAAAAACACACACAAGGGAGAUUGACUGUCCUGCUCUCCUUUAAAAUAAAUAUAUAAGAUUAACCCCCAAUGGUGCAGUGACCCUGACCGUAUCAGUGCUCAUUGGUAAUAGUGCUGGCUAGUGAGGCAGUGUUUCGGUUGAUGGAGUUUCCCCCAGUGCAUUGCUCAAUAGCGACCCCCAUGGUCAGUUGGGAGCCUGAAAUACGGCUGAAGUAUCAUUAGCGAUACAGUUAGAAAUAGCUGUUUGCACUCAUAGUCAGUCAGCCCACUCAUUAUGGCAAUGAAAGAGAUGUACAUUUACAAAAUUGCGUUCCUACAUUAAGGGAGAAAUUUCUUUGCCGUUCCAAAAAAAUUGGGAGAGGUUUCCAGUUUUUCCUUCAACCGACGACCUAGUCAGGUUCAUACAGCCUACAGAAUGGCUACUCCUGGUCAGUGAAUGUAGCCUAUGAUACCACUUUCUCAUUUGGGAGCACAUUUUGAUCAGUUAAUAUUAUGUCUUUGCGUUUUCAGCAGUUCAUCAAAUUACUCAUUUUUUGUUUUUCUGCAGCAAUUUUAUUAAUUUAUUUUUUUCAAAAUGGGGUCCCCAAAUUGAUUUAAGUGAUCAUUUGAGCAGUAUUGUUACUAAAAGUAUUUUAUUUAAUUUACUAUCUUUUAUUUGAACCAAGAAAGAAUAUUUCUAAACCCAGAGAGAGUAUUUGCUGUGCUUGGAUACAUGUUAUGUGUAAUACUUAACUUGUAAUUGUUUUCUAAAUAUUCACUGUUGUACAUAAUUUGAUUUGAUUUUAGUUUGUGUGCCCUAAAAACAUUGUACAGAAAAAGAUUUAAUUUUUUCCAGAUUAUUAUUAACCUCUAUUUGCUAGUUAAUAAAACAUCUACAAAUUA